CAUCACCAACAGCUCCACCAGCUCCACCAGAAGAUUUGAGUAUAUAUGCGCAACUUUCUCUUCUCAAAGAACUUGAACUACUCGUUGCUAUUCAAUUACAACAGGCUUCAAAACCACAACUUUGCACGCUACUUCCACUUCAACUCGACCGACGAUAUGGCACCUCAACUCUCUUUUCCUCCUCAACCUGCUCCAUCCUGGAUACAUACUCCAGAGGAGAUCUUGUCUUUGACUGACAGGUACAUUGUGUCUGCGAAGGCUCUCGACGACAAGGUUGCUGCAUUGAAAGAUGUUUCGAUCGACUCUGUUAUCAAGCCAUUAGCCUAUUUCGAGAACGAAAAUUACUCAUUGGUUUACCAAUUAUCAUUUUAUGGGGCGGUUUCUCCAUCAAAGGAGAUCAGAGACGCUUCUACAAAAUCAGAAGAAAAAUUGGACAACUAUUCUAUUGAAGCAGGUUUAAGAGAGGAUGUUUUCAAACAAAUCGAUAAAAUUUAUAAGGAAACCCAAAAUAAUGAUGCUUUAGAUGCCGAGUUGAAAAAAUUGAUUUGGAAACUCGAUGUUACUUAUAAGAGAAAUGGUUUGGAAUUACCAAUUGAAGAAAGAAAGGAGGUCGAAAAGAUUUCAAAGGAGCUAGCUAACUUGUCGUUACGUUAUAACAAAAAUUUAAAUGAACAAACUGAGUACUUAUUGUUUACUAAAGAAGAAUUAGAUGGUGUUCCUGAGGAUACCUUUAAUGGUUUUGAAAAACAGGUUAUUGAUGGUGUUGAAAAAUAUAAAAUGACUUUUAAAUAUCCAGAUAUUUUUCCUGUAUUAAAAUACUGUAAAGUCUCUGAAACAAGAAAAAGAGCUUAUAUUGGCGAUCAAAACAAAUGUACUCCAGAAAACUCUGAUAUUUUAGCCGAAGUUGUUAAAUUGAGAUCGAUUUUUGCUCAAAAGUUGGGUUAUAAAAAUUAUUCUGAAUUUACAUUAGAACAAAGAAUGGCCAAGACCUCCAAAGUUGUUUUAGAUUUUUUAAAUGAUUUGAGGACUAAAUUGCAACCAUUGGCUAAAAUCGAGUUGGAAAAGUUAUUAAAUUUGAAAAAAGAGGUAACAAAUAAUAAAAACGAAGAAAAAUUAUACAUUUGGGACCAGAGAUAUUUCGAUACUUUAUUAAUUGAAACGGAAUAUAAGAUCAAUCAUCAAAAGAUUGCAGAAUAUUUCCCAAUGGAAAAUACAGUAGCAAAAAUGUUAGAAAUAUAUGAAAAGUUAUUCAAUUUAAAAUUUGUUGAAAUUAACGGUCCAGAUAAAUCAGUUUGGCAUGAAGAAGUUAAGCAGUUUGCGGUUUGGAAAUUAGAUAAUGCUGAAGAACCAGAAUUUUCUGGAUAUAUUUAUUUUGACUUAUAUCCAAGAGAGGGAAAAUAUGGACAUGCAGCCAAAUUUGGUAUUGCACCAGGUUAUUUUGAUCCUAAAACUGGUAAACAUGUUAGACCAGUUUGCGCUUUAGUUUGCAAUUUUACUAAAUCAACCAAAGAGAAACCAUCAUUAUUAAAACAUGACGAAGUUGAAACAUUUUUCCAUGAAUUGGGACAUGGUAUUCAUGAUUUAAUGGGGAAAACCCAAUUUGCUAGAUUUCAUGGAACAGCAGUAGCAAGAGAUUUUGUUGAAGCACCAUCUCAAAUGCUUGAAUAUUGGACAUGGGAUAAGAAUAUUUUAAGAAACUUGUCAUCGCAUUAUCAAACAGGGAAACAAAUUUCUGAUGAAUUGCUAGAUGAUUUAAUCAAGACUAAACAUGUUAAUGGAGCCAUUUUCAAUUUACGUCAAUUACAUUUUGGAUUAUUUGAUAUGAAAUUGCAUACAGUUGAGUCCAGCGAAGUUGGUAAAUUGGAUAUACUACACGAAUGGAAUCAAAUGAGAGAAGAUAUUUCAAUGAUUAGCAAUGGGGGAGAGUUAACCAAAGGGUAUGGAUCAUUUGGACAUCUUUUAGGUGGAUAUGCAUCCGGAUAUUAUGGAUAUUUGUAUUCUCAGGUCUUUGCAGCGGAUAUUUAUUAUUCGAUUUUCAAGAAGGAUCCCAUGGAUCCUGCAGCAGGCAAAAGAUACAGAGAUAUAAUCUUAAAAAGAGGAGGAAGUAAAGACGAAAUGAAGAUUUUAGAGGAAUUAUUGGGUAGAAAGCCUAACAGUGAGGCAUUUUUAAAAGAAUUGGGAAUUGUCUACAGUACAUUAUAAGAAAGAAAAAAAAAAGGUCUAGAAACAAGAGUCUAGAAAAAAAAAAGAACAUGGCAAAAAUCAAGUUCAAGUAAAUAGUAAAUAAAUGAAUAACAGGGAUUUUUUUUUUUCAUUUUUUU